AUGGUGGUGAACAACGUUGGCGAGCGCUUCACCCCAACCGUCAUGGCCUCGAUGGAAAAUGACGUCGUGGCCAAGAAGAAUUUUAAUGGAUUGGCGAAUAUCAUGCCUUAUUACACUACGAUAAUGCCACUCUUGUACGUCUACGCAUUGAAGAGAUUACGGCUACGACGCAACCAAGAGUUCAACCAGCUGAAGGAACCCCGUGUCAACGGGAAAAUCGUCCCCGACUCCGAGAUCUACCACAGACACCUCCGGGACAGCUGGAAACUC